AAUGUGGUCUAUUGAAAUAUAUAUUGUUGGAUUUGUGAUUGUAUUGGUAACACAGUUGAUAACAAUAUACAGAUGGAGAAAUCCAAAAUGUAAUGGGAAACUUCCACCUGGUUCAUUAGGGUUUCCUUUUAUUGGAGAGUGUCUUGAACUCAUUUUUCCCGCGCAUUCGUAUGAUGUUCAUCCUUUCAUUAAAAAGAGGCUACAAAGAUACGGACCGUUGUUUCGUACAAAUAUAGCAGGCAGAAAUGUGGUAGUAUCAGCAGAUCAAGAAUUCAAUAAUUUCAUUUUCCAACAGGAAGAUAAAUCGGUUGUACGUUGGUACUUAGAUUCAUUCGGAAAGCUCCUUAAACAAUCGGGAGAAGUUACCUCAAACGGUCUCUCGUUACAUAAACACAUGAGAAACACUGUCCUAACUUCUUUCGGUAUCGAAUCCAUCAAUCGGAAUCUUCUUUCUCUGUUCGAAGAACUCGUUAGAAGAACCCUUCAUUCGUGGUCCACACAAGACCAUAUCGAUGCGGAAUAUGCUACUAUAGCCAUGUUCGGUGAGUUUGGCGGGGAUCUGCUGUGCAGUUACGAUGCCGAAACAUCGAAAGAGUUGAUAGAUAAAUACGUAAAUGCCACUAGUGCUGUAAUGUCAUUUCCUUUUAAUAUUCCUGGCACCACAUAUCACAAAAGUCUCAAGAACAAGGAGAAAGUGAUGGAAAUGCUGCGGGAAGCGGUGAACGCCAGGCUGGCAUCGCCGCGAGACGACAAAAAUGAUUUGAUCAGUAAAAUGAUUAAAGAUAUUAAUAUUGUGGAUUUCGUAAGGCCGGAAUAUAUUGCUCAGAGACUGUUCGCUCUUCUGUUUACCAUGUUCCAGACGCUUCCGUUACUCUUAGUUUUCGGUCUCAAGUUUAUAUCGGAGAAUCCAGCUGUUGUCGGAGAACUAAUUGCCGAGCACGACGAAAUUAUCGCCAAGAGAAAGAAUUCGGAUUCCUCGGUAACAUGGGAGGAGUAUAAAUCCAUGACUUUUACUCUUCAAGUCGUUAACGAGACAUUGAGACUGGGAAAUACGGUUCCUGGAUUCAUGCGAAAAGUUGUGAAGGAUAUCAAAAUAAGAGGUUAUACAAUUCCAGCAGGGUGGGGAAUUAUGGCCUGCCAAUCAGCUCUGCAUUUAGACCCUAACAUUUACAAAGAUCCACUCAAAUUCGACCCCUCUCGUUGGAAGGACGCGACACCGGAGUUUAUAAGCAAGAACUUGAAACCAUUUGGUGGAGGCAUUAAGCAAUGUGCCGGUGCAGAUUUUUCUAGGGCCACAUUGUGCAUUUUCCUCCAUGUUUUCGUCACCAAAUACAGGUGGAGUAUAGUUAAAGGAGGUGACAUCGUCCAAAAUCCUAUCAUGCACUUAAAGAAGGGGUUUAUUAUCAGUGUAUCUGAAAGAAGCGAUUGAGUAUUUUAUAUAUAUAU